UUGAUCAGUCCCCACGAAGCCAUCAGAAUAGCAUAGAGACACACACUGAUGCAUUAAAUGCGGGCGUCUUUAUUUUUAAUUUGACUCCCAGGUUCGCCUUUUUCCUUUUUGAUUUUUGGAAACACACGCGAAUGCAGAACGAAGCAGUCCACUGGAUUUCGUUAAACGUUGAACCCAACCUUGAGGGCUCCACCGCCCCCUGUAGUAUCGUGAGAUAGGCGAAAAAUGGAGGGAAGAAUGAAGAAGUACAGGCAAGUUAGCCCAGAAAGAGCAAAAGUAUGGACGGAAAAAUCGCCCAAGUAUCACUAUAAACAGAAACAGCAGCAUAAUGGUAAAGUGCCUGUAGUUUAUUAUCUAUGCAGGAAUCGAGAGCUCGAGCAUCCACAUUUUAUGGAAGUCCCUCUCUCUUCCCCUGAUGGCCUCUACAUGAGAGAUGUGAUGGAAAGGCUUAAUGUUUUGAGAGGCAGAAGCAUGGCUUCAAUGUAUUCUUGGUCUUGCAAGAGGAGUUAUAAGAAUGGGUAUGUAUGGCAUGACCUUUGUGAAGAUGAUUUCAUCCUUCCUGCUCAUGGUAACGAGUAUGUUCUCAAAGGUUCUGAGCUCUUUGACGAACCUGAUUCUGGUCGAUUUAGUCCAGCUGGAAAUGUUGCAUUACAGAAAUUAAAAGCAUUACCAGAACCACCAUCUUCCAGAAGCCAAGAUGAAACUUCAUCUUCCUACGGCUUGAAUGGUAGAACUACGAAGAGUUCUCAGGAUGAUGAGCUGUCUCCUCCAGUUCAGCGUCCACGUUCGUUGGCUGUGUCUCCAGAGUCCAGUGUCGGGAAAACUUCCUCUUCGAAUGCUUCUUUAAGCUUGACAGAUUAUAAGGUUUACCAGAGCAAUGGUCUAACUGAUGCCUCCACUCAGACCGACGAAAAUGCUGGCACAGCUGUUAAAACUCAAGAGACUUGCAUGAGAGGUGUUUCUACUGACGACGGAUCACUAGAGCUUGAGAGAAACGAGCCUUGUCAAAACCAGGUUCCUCGAGUAAAGGAAAGUUCGGAGAUCUGCAGGGAUUUAGUUUCGCCACCUCCGUCUACAUCUAGUGCAUCUUCUGCGAGUGGUAGGACUGACACCUUGGAAUCUCUCAUCAGAGCCGAUGCCAGUAAGCUCAAUAGCUUCAGAAUAGUUGAAGAGGAGGAAUUUCGUAGUCCAUCAAACACAAAAUUCAAGGCUUCAAAUAUGCUAAUGCAAUUGAUAUCUUGUGGGUCAAUAGCAGUGAAGGAUCACAGUUUUGGUGUAAUCCCUACCUACAAGCCUAGCUUUUCACAUUCCAAAUUUCCAUCUCCAUUGUUUUCGACAUCAGUGAUGCUGGGAGAGCUGGAUUGUCUUUCUGAGAAUCCGAGGCUGAUGGGUCUGAAGUUGGAAGACAAGGAAUAUUUCAGUGGGAGUUUGGUCGAGACAUGUGUGCCCAAGGAAGGAGUCACUACUCUAAAACGAUCUUCUUCUUACAAUGUAAAUAGAACGGAAAAACUGUUUGAUUCAGUUGAAGACAAGGAAGAAGCGAGUUCCAUGCAUUCAAAGUGCAUUCCAAGGUCCUUCAAGGCUACAUUGAGUAAGCAGCCAAGAUGUGAAUCAAUGCGAUCCCCUCUCUCUGAGGGGCCUCGAAUCUCAUCUGAUCGAGUGGAUAGUUCAAGAAACAUUACAGCUGGCACGGCCAAUGUCGGAAGCAAGAAAAUUGAAGAGCCUUUCUUUGAAAAAAGCCAGUCGAAGAAAGUAGAUUCUUUCAGAGACGAGAAGGAAAAAGUGAUCAAAAUCGAAGAAAGGCUUGCUUCGGGAGUACGGAUUAUAAUACAAUCGAAAGCAUCCUCGGACAGUGAGGAUAACUCCAAGAAACAGUUCGAAGAUUGAUCCACGACAGUUUUUGAUGGAAUCUAGUUGAAAAAUACUCUCAUUUCAUAACUAGACCUCGUCUGGUCUUGUGAAUUUGUUGGGUACUCAACUUCGUGUUUCUGUGAAUCUGGAAUGAAGUUAUGAUGCAAAUAGCACAUUAGCUGAAAAGAUUUGAGUUUUGGAAUGGUCCUAGAGGAAUUACUAGUCGUUCUUUUGUCUGAUUGUGUCAUGCUUGGCGGUCCUUCUGGUAAUGUAGACAAGAUUUAGCUGAAUACAUCAGUUUUCAGUAGAGAGAUUGUGAACUAGAAUGGUUUUGACUCUGUAAUUAGUGAAGUUUUAAGAAUUAGAGA